CGGUGCUCGUGAUAGCCGGUCCGGGCGCGCUCCCGGUGCAAGUGAUGGUCGGUACGGGCGCGCUCCCGGUGCUCGUGAUGGCCAGUACGCACAAUUGCCAGUUGUCUGUGAUGGCAGAUAGGGGUACGCGCCCGGUGCUCGUGAUGGCCGGUACGUGUCUCGGUGUCUAUCAGUUGCAGCUCGCAUCAAGUUCAAGACACUGAUGCUUGCAUAUAGAACAGCCACAGACUCAGCUCUCGCCUGCUUCCAGGAGCUCUCUGCCUGUCCUGAUAUGUCCAAAGUGGCCGGUUAUGAAUUGUUUGUCUGCUCUGAACUAUCUGUCCAUCCCAUCACGAGCACGGAGGUUGUGCCCAAACUAUCUGUCUGUCCUGUCUUGGCCAUUUAAGUCGUUCCCUCAUCUCUGGCACUCAUAGUCUCCACCGCGCGCAACUGCAGGAACACACACACGCACGCACACACACACACACACGCACGCACGCACGCACACACACACACACACAUUUCUUCUUCAUUCACACAGCACCAAGGAAGCAUGCCUACAUGAUGAAACCCACAGGACGAUGAAGAGUCAGACGUCAGGAGUCAGAGAAGAUCAUCAGCUGAAGACAGAUGAAGGAGACGGAGGAGGAAACAGAGAAACAUGUUACUCGCUGAUACCAGAGUGAUUGUUGCACACAAUCCUCUUCACAGGAGAAGACGAAGCAAAGACCUGCCUCUUUACAUGAGGAUUGUUCUUCUGGGCUCCAGCGUGUCUGAAAACAGUAGAGUAGGAAACUUCAUCUUAGGACGAGCAGCGUUUGACAGUGAAGCUGCUCCAGAUGUUGUAGAAAGAGUCGGAGGAAGACUGAAGGACAGACACCUGAUGAUCACCAACAGUCCUCAGCUGCUCCAGAGGAACAUCUCAGAUCAUCAGAUCACACAGACAGUGAGAGAGUGUGUGUUUCUGUCUGAUCCAGGACCUCAUGUGAUCCUUCUGCUCCUCAAACAUGAGCAGUGUUCAGCAGAAGAUCAGGAGCUUGUGGAGAAGGUGCUGGGAUCUUUCUCUGAGCAGGUUUAUCAACACACCAUGGUCCUCACAACACAAGAGACCACAGAAACCAGUGACAUCCUACAGAACAUCAUUCAGAAGUGUGCAAACAGACACUUCAGUCUUCAGAGAAGCAGCUCUCCUGAGGAUCUUCUGCUGAUGUUUGAGGAGAUUGUGAAGAUGAAUGAUGGACUUCACCUGGAGUGUGCUGAAGCUGCACAGUGUUUCACCAUGAAACAACAGAUCACAGAGAGACGUGAGUGUGAGGAUAUUUGAAGUUUCA